AUGAGUUCUAUGAACUCCCGCUUCAAAAGCCUUGGCUUCGGAAAACGCAAGUCAACUGCGAGCAUACAGACCUCUGAAGGUCUGACACCGAGCCCAACCCCUCCUCCGGGCCAAAUACCGCAGCCUCCCCAACAUCAGCAUCAGCAUCAACACCAGCAGCUCAACGCUCCCCCGCUUGCCCAUUCGUCUUCGACAACGAGUCUUCCGAUGAAUCACCCGGGUCCCGGCAACCGUCCGCCCAGCUAUACCGCAAACUUUCCUCCCGGCCAAGCUCCUCUUGGUCGUACCAGUCCUCUCACCCAACAACCUAACCGCACUCCUCCCACCCAAAUGGUCGGCGGUCCUCCCCCGAUCAACACCGGAGCCCCCAUGGGCUACCCGCCCGGUAUGGCUCCCAUGGGUCAGGGUCCUCCACCGAUGGGAGGUCCUCCUGGUUUCGGGCAACAACCACCUCCUCCUCAAGGAUAUCCUCCUCCCGGACCUCCAGGCGGUCCCAUGAACCAGCAGUUCCAGCGCCCCGGCCCCGGCCCUGCUGCCGAAGUCGAGGGUGCCAGCAAGAGCAAGGCUCAGCUGAUUGUCGGCAUUGAUUUCGGUACUACCUUCUCUGGUGUCGCUUUUGCUUUCGCGACCAACAACGAGGCCAAGGAAGAUAUUAUCACUGAGUGGCCAGGUGCUGGCUCCUAUACUAAGCAAAAGAUUCCCACGGUACUCUACUACGAUCAAUAUCAAAAGGUGGUAGGAUGGGGACCUGAUAUUGCUGACGCCCUUGCCCCCACUGGUUACCCCAAGCCUGGUGUGCAAAAGGUCGAGUGGUUCAAGCUGCAACUGAUGCUUAGCGGUAACACAUACAUCGACCCUAUCAACCUCCCUCCUCUGCCCCCAGGAAAGUCCGAGAUCGAUGUCGCCGCCGACUACCUCUUCAAGCUUCGACAGGCUAUGCGGUCAGCUCUGCAAAAGGCGUUGGGUGAAGUCUUUAACCGAGAAGAACGCAACAUCCGAUACUAUCUGACCGUCCCCGCCAUUUGGAACGAUGCCGGAAAGGCCGCCACUCGAGCUGCUGCGAUCCAGGCUGGCUUCCUUCGUGACGAGAACGACAACCGUCUGACCCUCGUUUCAGAGCCUGAGGCCGCUGCUCUAUUCUGUUCCAAGACCGGUCUCUUGGACCUCAAGGUGCACGAUGCUGUCCUGAUUGUUGAUUGUGGAGGUGGUACCGUUGAUUUGAUCGCUUACGAGGUCGAAGAGGAAAACCCUUUCACUGUUGCCGAGUGCACGGCUGGUUCUGGUGACUCCUGUGGUUCAACAGCUCUUAACCGCAACUUCAGCAAUAUCCUCCGCACAAAGAUCCGCAAGAUGAAGUUGCCCGACGGCUCCAAGACCGCUGGCCGUGUUUACGCCAAAUGUAUCAUGGACUUUGAGAACCGAAUCAAGGCUGAUUUCCGAAACAACGGCCAGAAGUGGGCUGUCGAUGUUGGUAUCGAGGCUGAGUUUCCCGAGGCUGGUAUUGAAGAGGGUUACAUGACCUUCACCAACGAGGAGAUUCUCCAGUGCUUCGAGCCCGUCGUCAACCGUAUUUUGGAGCUUGUGAGAAACCAGAUCAUUGCCAUUCAGGCUCAGAACCGCACCCUUCAAAAUAUCCUAGUCGUCGGUGGUUUCGGUGCCUCCGAAUACCUCUUCCAGCAAAUCAAGCUCCACGUUCCUCCUCAGUUCCAAUCCAAGGUGGUCCGACCCAUGGACUCAGUCGCCGCCAUCGUCAAGGGUGCUGUCACUGCCGGUAUCACAGAGCGAAUCGUUACCCACCGUGUCGCCCGUCGUCACUACCUCAUGGCGACUCUUCAGCCUUUCAAGGAGGGUUACCAUCCCGAAGCCUACCGUGUUCCCUCUCUGGAUGGAAAGGACCGUUGCAAGUUCACUCGCCAGAUUUUCGUCCAGAAGGGCCAAAAGGUCAAGAACGGCGAGCCUGUCAAGGUCUCUUUCUUCCGACAAGUCGCUCCAGGUGCCACCCUCAUGUACGAGGAUGUUCUUUACGCCUGUGACGACGAUGUUUGCCCUGAAUACACCAAGGAUCCUCGCAUCAAGGAGGUUGUUACUCUUACCUCGGAUCUAUCUCGCAAGAACCUUGAGAAGGACUUUGAACGAAUGGAUACUCCUCAGGGCACAUUUUACCGCGUUUACUUCGAUAUUUACCUGACACUGGACGGUUCAGAAUUCAGUGCCGAGCUUGUCUGCCAAGGCGAGGUCAUGGGUCGCUGCCGCUCCCGCUUCAGGUAA